CGUGCAGCAGCCAAUUUAUCGACAGGAAACUUCCACAAACAUUGAGCGGAUUAUAAAAAUUAGAAUUAUAUAGACGCCGAGAGAUAGCCCAGAAUUAUAAAAUAUUGUUUAGUGAAUGCAUUUUUCCUAUUGGUCAAAGUGGUUGAAAAAUUAUUUCCAUCGACGGCUAUACUGAAGAGUUUGCUUGCGAUUUUGAAGUGCGGUGAAGCAGGGUUAUAGUCUGAUGCGCCGUAGUGCUUGAUUGACAGCUGGUCCCGGGUUCAAUGAGUUGGUGGUUCGGAGCGGGCGUUGCGCUGUUGGCGCUAGUCUGCAUAUUCCUUGCACGAUUUUUCCUAAUACUAGGGCGGAAUGAGACGCCAGAGGCCCGCAAGCGGGGCUCCGCCAGCAUUCUGGUGGUUAUCGGCUCUGGGGGACAUACCACAGAGAUUCUCAGGCUUGUGGGCAGCCUCUCUGCCUCAUACAGCCCCAGGCAUUACGUCAUUGCUGAAACAGACAGGAUGAGUGAAGACAAGGUCCGCACACUUGAGGCUGCCAGAGCUGAAGAAGGUCCUGAACCUCAGUUUACCAUUCACCGGAUUCCCCGUAGUCGUGAAGUACGUCAAUCUUGGGUGACUUCAGUGGUCUCUACACUAUUUGCCCUGUUGUAUUCCAUCCCACUGGUAUUCCAACUUAAACCAGACGUGGUUCUGUGUAACGGACCAGGGACGUGUGUGCCUCCCUGUAUAUCUGCCCUGUUGCUCGGAAUAUUUGGAAUGAAGAAGGUGCUGAUCCUCUACGUCGAGAGCAUCUGCCGUGUGGAAACGUUGUCCCUUUCUGGGAAGAUAUUGUACUGUCUGUCAGAUUACUUUUUCGUCCAGUGGCCCACGCUGCAGAAGAAGUACCCUAAGGCAGUGUUCCUUGGUCGACUGGUUUGAACAUAGUUUUGGAGACGGGGACACUGAUAGUAGAGAUAAUGUUUGCUUGCAGAUGCCAGGAAGCAGCUGCAGUGCAGAAUAAAUCACGCUCCAUACUCUGUAGGGAGGAGAACUUGCACUGAAAAGUUUGGUGUGAAUUUAUGAUUUUGUGGACUUAUUCACUAGAUUGACAUAUACAGUCUCAAGAUUGUUACCAGGCCAGAGAACAAAGUGUUAGCUAUGAACAUCAGAGUGUGAAGGAGUCAGCGUCCAAAUAAACAAUCUUACAACAUUCUAAACGCUAAUAGAUUCCUUUGUUACUCCCACUAUUUAGGAUUACAAAAUAAACAGUAUGUUUGUCAUUGCACCCUUUCAUUAUAAAAGUUUAUCUAUGCAUGAAUCGCCCAUUCUCUUACCCCCAUAAAUUUUGCUGGCUCAUGUCAUGUAUUUAGUGAUAGUUAAAGCCUUUUUCACCUUACGAGACCAACAAUUUUAAUGGAUCUACACCAACUAAUCUUCGAACAGUUCACUACAGUCCAUGACUACAAAUCAACAUAACAAAGAAAAAUGCAGAGUAUAUUGUGUAAUUGUUCGCCCCACUCCACUUGCCCAUCACCCACGCACUCCUCCACUCCUCCCAGCCCAUUUCCAUCAGUCCUCCCUACCUCUCUUAUUUCGUUCCACGCACCACCUUCCUUUCCUGUCAGAUUCCAUCAUCUGCAGCCCUCUCUUGCCUCCACCUGCCAUCUCCCAGCCUCUAUCGUUCUCUCCUCCAUCUGCCAAUCACUCCUCCUCACCUGUGUCCACCUCUCACUCCCCAGGGCAUGUCUCACUUUUCUCCUUUCCCUCUUUAUACUGCCUACUUCCACUCUUAUCUGUUUAGCUGAACUCUCAAGACUCUCAAUCCAAAAUGUUAACUGUCCAUUUCCCUCCACAUAUGCUUCCUUGCCCACUGAGUUGAUUGCAUUUUUCUCAGAUUUAAUAUUGUACUUUUCUUGAUUCAUAUUAGCCCUUUGCAAGAAUGAGUGUUGAAACUAUAUUCAUUGCAUCUCGAAAAUAGCAGGUAAGCACUUCAAAGAAGAUGCACACUCCAUUAGUCACUCCAAACGUUCAUUCCCUCCAUCACUGACAAACAGCAGCUACGGUGUGUGCCAUCUUCAAAAUGCAUCGCAGUUACUGAAUCAACAGCAUCUCUCAGGCCCUUUUACCAUCAAGAAGGACAAAACCACCAGGUGCAGUGAAGUACGGCCACCUGCAGACUCCCCUGACGUUGUGCGGUGUCCUUACUUGGAAAUGUAUUGCUGUUCUUCCAUAAUUGUCGGAUCUAAACCCUGGAUCCCCCUUCUCAAUGGCACUGUGGAAAUACCUUCAGCAGAGGGACUGCAGCAGCUGGAAACAUCUCCUUCUCAGGGCAGUUAGAGAUGAGCAAUAAAUACUGCCCUUACAUGCAAUGCCUAUAGUACCUAAAAAUGAAUAAAGAAUUUUUUUUUAAGUAAAAUCAGAUCUAAAAUCUGGGAUUUGCUCCCAAUGUCCUGCACAGGAGUCAGUUAAAAAGUCUGCCUUAAACUUGGCAGAGAUUCAAUGUGUACAGAAUGCAAUAAUAACUCAUGGGCAUCAGCCAGUUUCUUCGCUUUCAGUGUUGCUGGGUUAUGGUAAUUAUAUUCAAAAUGAAUUAAUGUGCAGAUUCCUAUCCUGACCUCAAUGUGUCAUGUUUAUUCUAUGUGAAAUGUAAAUGCUAUUUAUCUGCGUUAUGAACAGACACCAACUCAGAUUGGAGUUUAAAGAGUCUUUGAGGAAACUUCACAAAAACAGAUUUGUCCUGCAGACCUCAAUUCAUGCAGGCUACAGCUGGGAGCUACAAAUCACUUCCGGGAUUAAAAGAGGAAUCUAUUUGUAUUUAUGCUACUGUACUCAUGGAUGGACUCGCUUCAAUUUCAUUAAGCUUCUUAAACGUCCACUUCACUAACAAGGGCCAAGAGGGAAAAAAAAACUGCAAUUUGAGAUGGUGAAUCAAAAUCGACUGAGUUGAAGAAUAGCAAGAAGCUUUGCUAAAGCAUUGACCAUUCAUUAUAAUGUGCUAAACAGAAAAUUAAGAAGAAAAAAUGUUAUCAUUCGAUAUUGCAGGGAAGUGCAAAAGGUCUGCAGAUGGAAUUGGAGCAGCAUGGCAGUGUUGCUCCCCUUCUUACCCCUUUCCUUCUUCUCUUCCCCCUUCUUACCCCUUCUCCUUUUACCCCUCUUACCUCUUCUCCUCACCUGCCCAUCACCUCCCACUGAUGCCCCUCCUCCUUCCCUUUCUCCCAUGGUCACUCUCUUCUCCUAUCAGAUUCUUCCUUCUACAGCCCUUUACCCCUUCCACCUAUCACCUCCCAGCUCCUCAUGUCAUGCCUCCUCCUCUUACCCCCCUUACCUGGUCUUAAUUAACAUCUACCAACUUGUACUCCUCCCCCCCCCCACCUUAUUCUGGCUUCAUCGCUCUUCCUUUCCAGUCCUAAUGAAGGGUCUGGGCCUGAAACGUCAACUACUUAUUCCCCUCCAUUGAUGCUAUUUGACCUGCUGAAUUCCUUCACCAUUUUAUGUGUGUUGCUUAACAUAUUUGAACUUUUAAAUUUUUUAAACUUGUCUGUCCCUUUACCAUAUUGCACUUAGUUAAAAAUAACUCUGUGUCAAACUUUUGGUUACUUGCCUUAAUAUCUGUGUAUACAGUGCCUAUAAAAAGUUCCCCAUCCCCAAGAAGUUUUCAUGUUUUAUUGUUUUACAACAUUGAAUCACAGUGGAUUUA